GCGGUUAUUGAAUAUCUAAUCAAUUGAACCCAUAUUCAGAGUCCUUCAUUUUAAAACGGAAGUCUUACCUCGUUUUAGAAGUUUCUAUAGAAAUAAUUUAAAUGGAUUUAAAGGUUCCAAGAGAAUGGCUUGAAUUUCCCGAAGACGCCGAGGACAGCGAGGGAACUAUACACCGUGCACCAAGUACGGAAGAAUUACAGACGGAUAAUGAAGACGAACAACCAUUUGAAGAGGCCGAUCGAUAUGAAACAGAAUCCUAUGUUGCAGUGGAUGCCGAAGUGCAUGAAGUGGGUGAUACGGGAAUUGUAAUGGUUGAGUUGGUGGUUCCAGUGCUGCAGCGUAAUCUUCUUGCACCUGAAAGACGAAACCGACAUCGAAGCAAUGGGCAUAAUAGGAGAUCACGAAGGUCACGAAGAUCAGGACGGUCUCGCAGCCGUUCAAGAAGACCAGCACGGUCUCGAAGCCGUUCAAGAAGACCAUCCGAGCGCCAUCAAGACCGAAGCGCAGAAGACACCUACAACGAAGAAUUUGGUUUGCCACGGCCAUCGGACAGACGAUACAAUAGGCAUCCUAGUUCCAGCACGACUUCAGGUAACGCUCCAUCCGACAGUCCGAGAAGAUAACCUUUUGCCUAAGGUACAAUACCCAAAAUUCGAAGCUUUAUGACAUACGAUCAAAAUUCGUAAUUUGUAGAAGAUUGAAAUGAUUUAAUUAGCAUGCUUAGUACCAUAUUUGAAAGAUACGUGCCAUAUACAUAUUUAGCAGAAAUACAAGAUUACAUCAUCUUGGCAUUUCGUCCAGUAACAAAACGCUGGAGCCGGUGGGAGAUGUGGUAGAAAAUGGUUGUUUUGUUUAUGGGUACCGACCACAGGACAACAAUGUAACCAAAAUUUUGCGCUCCAAUUGUUGCUGAGUGAGCCACAUUUUUCCAACAAGCUGAACAGCGGUGGCCAACUUAAAACUAGCCCGCUUUCUUGAUGAAUCAUCGAAACAAAGUUUUGCCCUUUCGACCCACGAAUAGCAACCGUGGUGAUGCCGUUAGCUCUAGCAACUUUCGCUGAGACUCGCGCUUUUCAAGUUAUGCUUUGGGGGCUUUUUAUUGUAUCGCGAGAACUUACCUCUACCGAAAACAACCCGGCAGUGUAGCGGUGUUGCUUUGCUGAAAGAACUGCAAAGCCGUACAAACAUGGCCAGAGUAAUUGCCCUGUAGUUUCAAAAAUUAGCUAAGAACCUUUUGGUUUGGUACGACUCUUCUGCAGAAAAUAUCUCCCACCACCACUCGCGGAGAUCCAUCACAUUGGCCAGUGAUAAAGCACAAAAGAAGGUUACCGUACGCAUCUUGGUGCACAGUUACGGUUCAGUAGUUGGCACGUUCCGGUACGGGAACGAAUCGGUCUAGCAAAGAGUUCUCUAAGGCGAAACUCUGCGAUAUGACUUUAGUACAGACUAAGGUCCAUUUUCUCACCCGCCUGUGCGCCUUAGCGGUGGUGAUACUGUUCCUGGUUCCCGGUGUCCGUGCACUUACAGCGGACAAUGAAGUACCGUCCGUGUUUGGCAGUGAAACGGUCCGCCAGCUCGGUGUCAGUGUUAAUACGAAACGGUUAGCGAACGUGCUGGGCGAUGAGUUUAUUAGCUUCUACGCCAAACCGCAAGAUAUAUUCGAUGGCCAGGGUAAUCCGAUCAGUGAAACUAGCUUCCUUAUGGCACAAAGUCUCGGUGGUACCUUCGUGAAGGUGAUCGCCGACUCGUCGCAGCUUCAUCUGCAAACAACGGGCGGCGAGAGUGUGAUCGGUAGACCGGACGAUUUGGAACUGGUGCAGAUAAGUGCAAGCGCGUGGCAAGCCUUCUACGAAUGGGCACGACGAGCCAACAUUGUACCGGUGUUUGUACUAGACUACCCACAGGACGGUGAUCAAUGGAACGCAAAGAAUGCGCUUCGUAUUCUAACCGUCGCCAAUACGCUCGGAGUUACCAAAUGUCGUUGGCAGUUAGGCAAUGGGCUCGUAAAAGACGCUCCCAAGUAUGCGGAUGAUUUGCGCACAUUCCGUACCAUGCUGCAAGCCUUCCCCACGCAACAAUGGUCCGUUGUGGCAUCGGAAUUAAAUGCUCAAUUCAUCCCACUGGAAGAGAUCCAAUAUUUCCACGCUAAUGUCGAUAGCCUUGUGGAAGCCAUCACCAUAACGAGACCACAGUACACCGAUGGUGCGGCAUGGAAUUAUACUUCGCUCCAGAGAGAAAUUCAUUUGCGUGGACUUUCUAAGCAACGGCUUCCGAUAUGGCUCGAUCUUGUUGAGGAACAGCAAACAGCUGUGGAUGGAGCUAAAGCACAUCGAGCUCCUGGUACUUGUUGUAAAUCGUGUGUACAGGAUGGGCUGGAGUACGCUCGCACACUCGGCGAAGCUGCCCGUGGUGGCAUUAGUGCGGUAUUUCAAUCUCUCCAACGGGACGAUAUUCAGCAGUACACAUUCAACUAUUUAGUCGCUCUGCUGUACAAACAAACUGUAGGACAUAAGGUCUUUCCCGUCCACUUCAAUAUGGAUCCUUCCAACGAGAACACUAGCCCCAUGUCGGUAUACGCUUACUGUACACGCAAUCGGACCGGUUCUCUUACGCUCAUGGUAGUAAACGAUGAGCAUGAUGGUGCGACUAAUGUCACGAUUCAACUGAUGACUAGAUCACUCUCAUCGCCGGUUGAGCUGUAUUUGUUGACCGUCCAGGAUGGACAACCGAUGGUGAAUAAUCGACCGUUAGAAGUGAGUUCGGAACUCCUUCAACCAGAACCGGUAAGAGCGGUCACUACGCUAACGCAUGGUGUAAGCUUCUACGUGCCAGCGGAAGCAAUAUUGUUCGCUGUAGUACCAGGUGUGCAGAUACGCGAAUGCCGCCAUGAUGAAUUGCCGCAGCGCAAAAAACUUUCCCGAGAGCUUCAGAACGAUCGCACCUCAGCCGACAUGUUGCUCGAGCAUUUGAUCGGUGAAUUGGUAGAAAAGGAGUCACACCCAAGUCUGCAGCGCAAGCGUCGCUCGUUGCUGCUUAACGAAAGGCCGGCGCGGGCCAUCUUUGGAGGUGAGAAGCGGAAACGGUUUCACGGUCGUUUCGUUAAUACGGCACAAGAUGAUAGCCUUACGGAAAGCCUCUCGGAGGUUCUCGCGGACCCGCAACCGCCACUGGAACCGACGGAAAGGACUGCGAGAGGUACCCGCCAAACGCAAGCCUACAAGAGACAGCAGCGUCGUAGACAGAAUAAGGAAAAACGAUUGGAGAAACGCAACUUGAAGAAAAUGAAACACCCACUGCGGGAGGCCAGACGGGAACGAUCGAAACGUGGCGAUAUGAUGCUAAUGGGUCGUCGAUCAUCUUUGAACCAACCGAACCGACGGCUCCACGAUCGUUUGCUGAAGCGCAUGUCGGCCAAGUUGGCCAGUCGCAAAACGAAACGAUCCUCCCUAGCGGAAGCGGUUAAUGAACCACCAAACUUUGCGGGCAGUGACGAGGAGGAUGAAUUGCAUCCACGGUCGGACUUUCCGCUUGGGGAUGUACAUUUGGUGAUCUCGAAGGGAAGUAGCAGCAGCAAUGAUGAGGAUGGUUACGUGUCGACCGAUGAACAUUCGAAUCAGCCGGAGGAGAGUUCGGACGAGUACCAACGCAUGCCAAGUUGGGGUGCAUCACGCCAUCGACCAGCCGUUCGCCGAAGAGUCUCGAUCAACCAGCGCGAUUUUCACCGUUUUGCACCGGUGCGGGAACGAAGACCGAUCGAGACCACCAACGACGAAGAAGAUUGUGUGCGCCGUCGAACGCUUCGUCGUGGACCCAAAAUGGAGGAAAUGCGAGAGACGAGACGUGUCGACCGGUUUAUACCCAUCCAGAGAGCACAAUCGCAAGAAAUGCAACGUUUCGACACACAACCUAGCCAUCCUGAGCAAAGCAGCAGAGAAGCGUUUACGAUUGCGCAGAUGAAAAGCAAACGCUUUGAAUCGCAAAUGGACGAGCAACGAGAGAUGGAAAUGGUGGACAACUCUCCCGAAGACACUGCACCGAUUUCCGAGGAAACUCCGGAAGAAACUACUGAUCGUACGGUAGCUACUUCCGAAGAGGAAAUGAAUCUUUUCACACCGGCACCCCGGACCAGUGAUGAGCGUCAUAUCCCACGGCUGGAACCCACCUGGUCGCUAGAAUCGACAUCUGCCGAGGUAACUGAGUUGUCCCCCAAUCGCUACAAACGCUCGUUCCCUGCGCCGGACGCCGAACCACCGUCCUCAAUCGAGUCCGAGGAGGUGCAACGGUUAGAAGACUUUUUCCGCACCAAUGCGAAACUGCAGCAAAAAUUUGCCGAAAUGUUUGACCUGCUGCUCGAAGCAAUCGAGGAGCUGGAAUCGGAAGAUAACGAUGCCCGGGAGGUGCUUGAUGAUGACGUGCGGCUGAAGGAGAGUGAUGCAAACGAAGCGAAUGAACCGUCUCAUAAACGUACGAAGCGGAACGUCCUACUGCAUCCACAGUCCUGGGAAUCCCGGGAACGGUCAAACAUGAUUCACCGACUGCAGCAGUCCGACGAAUCUUCGGACGAAAAUCUUGUGAUGCCGGGAGAGGUACGGAUUCCGAAGCAACAGGAAGAGCUCGUCCCGAUUGGACAAUCGGCCCAUAGAGAGACUCGCGAUUCCGAGCCCGACAAUGGUGAGGACGAUGAGGCAAAACCGGGAGCUUUUAUGCUGCGAUCGGUCGUAAACUUUAUGCGUAGAGCGUCUAACGAAUUUCACCAACUGUUUUCCAGUUGGUUUGGAAAGAACGCGUGAGUACAGGUGGUGAUUGUCUAGCUUCCAAUAAGUUUGUGUGUAAAAUAGUUUUUAUUUGUAAGUAAAAUAAAAUGACUGUGUUUUUUCCUACUCAAA